UCAUCAUUUACCCGCGUUAGUUGGACAGCCCACUUUGUUCGGCGGGAUCGACUUCUGAGGCAGCUGCUCUAUCGUAUAAUCGCAGGCACUAUGCAGUUUUCUGGCAGAAGAAGGAAGUUCAUCACCAGCCCCCAGACGGAGCUCUAUGGACAUCCUCUGCAGUUCUAUGGCCAGCCUCCUCUUGAAAACAUCUCUCUCUCUGAAUUUGAGACAUUUGCUGUGGACAGACUAAAAUUGUUGAAGACCGUUGAGAAUUUGGGAGUGAGCUAUGUGAAACUGUCAGAGGACUAUGGAAGGAAACUGGAGGCUGAGUUUAAAAACCUGAACUUUCCUUUCAGAGCAGAUGCUGAUGAUAGAAAAUCUCAGACUGGACCAAGCGAAUAUGAGAAAAGAAGAAAGGAUCACAUCUCCCACUUCAUCCUCAGGCUCGCCUACUGCCAAACGGAAGAUCUCAGGCGGUGGUUUAUACAACAAGAAGUUGAUGUUUUCCGUUACCGCUUCAACGAUCUGGCGCCAAAACAAAAGCUUGACUUUCUGCACAGAAAUAAUCUGCAGUAUGACACGAUUAGUGUCGAGGAGAAGAAAGCUCUGCAGGAUAAACUUGUCAACUCCAGUUACGCUGUCAGUGGAAUCACUGUGGAGGAUCAGGACUUCUACAAAGUUCCAUUUCAAGAUGCCCUGGAUCUGGUGCGAACAAGGAAAGUGUACCUCAAAGCCGGCUACGUGUACAUCCCUCACCAGGACAUUGUCACCAUUGUUCUCAAUGAUUUUCGCACAAGGCUGUCUAAGGCUCUCGCAUUGACAGCCCGCUCGCUACCAGCAGUGCAUUCUGAUGAACGGCUCCAACCACUCCUUAACCACCUCAGUCAUGCCUAUGUGGGACAGGAUUACAGCAUCCAGAAGAAUGUUGGGAAAAUCUCCUUGGAGCAAAUUGAUUCACUUUCAGGAAAGUCCUUCCCACUGUGUAUGAGGCAGCUCCACCAGACUCUCAGAGAGAACCACCAUCUCCGUCACGGAGGCCGUAUGCAGUACGGCCUCUUCCUCAAAGGCAUCGGCCUGUCUCUGGAGCAGGCGCUGCAGUUCUGGAGGUCAGAGUUCAUCAGAGGCAAAGUCGAUGCAGACAAGUUUGACAAAGCAUAUGCCUACAGCAUCCGCCACAUGUUUGGCAAAGAAGGCAAGCGAACAGACUACACCCCCUACAGUUGCAUGAAGGUGAUUUUGUCAAACCCACCCAGCCAAGGCGACCAUCAUGGAUGUCCGUUUCGUCACAGUGACCCAGAGCUCCUGAAGCAGAAGCUUCAGUUCUACAAAGUGUCUCCCAGUGGAAUCAGUCAGAUCCUGGAGCUGGUUAAAGGAAUGCACUAUCAGCUGGCCUGCCAGAAGUACUUUGAGCUGACACACAAUAUUGAGGACGCCAGUUUUUCGCUCAACCACCCCAACCAGUAUUUCAUAGAGAGCCAGAAAGUUUUGGGAGGAGGCAAAGACAUAAAAAGGGAGAUGGAGAUCACACAGAGGUCGCAGGAAAACUCUGCUGCCAGAGGAUCCACUGCAGCAAGAGAGGCAGCAGCAAGCUCCUCCCAGGAUUUGGCUGAGAUGACAGAGGAACUGGACUCUUACUUCCAAGAUGCCUGAUUUCUUUUUUCUUCGUUUACACAUGUAGAAAUAAAUGUUAGUUUGUCUUUUCUAUGAGGUCCAGAUGUUGGGGGUUGGUCCAUAUUCUGACUUGAGUUGAAUCUGUAUCUGAGUAUUAAAGUUGCAUAUCAGUAAACUUUCAAUGAUUUCAGUCCACUUUAAACACAUCAGAGUUUGAAUUAACCUUUAAGCAACAUUAUUUUAACAUUAACAUUAACAUCACACCAAAGUUGAGUUUUCUACCUGAUCAAAUUCCUUGUUAAUGUUAGUGACGCUGCAUCAUCUAACCCGUGCGUUCGAAGUUGUCUCAGUUUGUUUUCAGUCUGGUCUGAAGUCAGAUGGCUUAUACUCAGUCUCAGUGCACAGUGUUUUGGCAGGAACGUGGUUUUGGGGGUGAUGACUAGAACAUUUCCCAGCUGUCUCAGAAACAAUGUCAUUGUAUUUGCUGGCAGGAGUACGGAUGAAUGGUGGCAGGAGGAUGGAUGAAAAUAAACAAUUUUCACAGUUGCA